UUUGCAGCAGAUCGAUACUGUCUGAUAACCUGUUCAUCAUCUCGGCCUGUGUCAGUGUGACUUAUUGAUUACAGAUCAGUGCUGGUGGAGGAAGAUCCACAUCCGGGGAUGUAGAGCUGCCUCCUCCUCCUCCUCCUCCUCCUCCCUUCAUCCUCUCCUCCGCCUGCAUCCUCUCAUCCUGCAGACACAGACACACACACACACACACACACACACACAGACAGACAGACGGACAGGUGCAUCUCCUCCCGCUGCAGUGAUGUCGGUGUCGCCCGCCCUCGCCGACCUCUCUCGCCUCUAUCAGACAGAGUUCGUGCGGAGCGCCCGGGCCGUCGGUGUCCUCUGGGCCGUCUGCACGCUCUGCUUCGCCAUCAUUCAGGUAGUCGUCCUGGUGCAGCCAUCCUGGAUCGGCACGGGAGACACUCGCCAUCUGGGGGCGGGACCGGCCCCGCCAAGCGGCACCCUGGGACUGUUUGAGGUAUGUGUGGAGUCAGACUGGCCGGUCCCGGACUGUCGUGGUGGUCUGUCCAGUCUGUCCCCUCUGCCAUCCUUCCAGUCGGUGGCGGUGUUGGUGGGCGUGUCUCUGUGGGCGGUGUGGACCAGCGUCCUCUGCCUCUGUCUCUUCAGGUUCUGCAGUGCCGCCACCGUCUACAAGAUCUGUGCGUGGCUGCAGCUCACUGCAGGUUUCUGUCUGGCGUUGGCCUGUCUUCUGUUUCCAGACUCGUGGGAGAGUCCAGAGAUGAGAGCUCUGUGUGGAGACUCUGUGGGCAGCUUCUCUCCAGGUAACUGUUCGGUGCACUGGGCCUACAUCCUGGCCAUCCUGGGCAUCCUGGAUGCUGCUAUCUUGGCCACGCUGGCCUUCGUCCUCGCCAACAGACAAGACGCCCUGCUGCCGCCAGACGCCAAGGAUGGUGAGGUGACCACAGGUCUGCUGAUGUCAGCGUAGAACCGCCAGGGACAGUUUGACUUCACUUCUCCUCCUGAUCUCUCCAUCCUUCAUCAUCAUCAUCAGAGGAGGAGGAGGAGGAGGAGGCGACGAAUAGAAUCUCCUGUCAUCAUCACCUGGUUUCCUGGCAACCGUAUCGACCUUCAUGUUGUGACGGUGAGGAGAAAAGGAUGAAGAAAAGGAGAGACAGGGAACAGGAUGUAUUUCACAGUAACAUGAGUAUCUUUAGUUUGAAGCCGUGUGUCAGGAGGACAGAACGUGUGUCACAUCUUCAUCAGGUUUUAGAUUUAACAACCCUCUGUGUUGAUGUGUUACAGCCUCUAUGCAUCUCCAGCAGCAAUAACAUCACGUUCAGUUACCUGUGGUCCGUCUCUCAGUGGUGGAAUGUAACUAAGUACAUUUACUCAAGUACUUAACUGAAGUACAAAUUCAAGGUACUUUACCGGAGUAUUUCCAUUUUUCAGAGGUAAUAUUUUACUCUUUACUGCUCGACGUUAGUUAAUAGUUACUUCCUGUCCAGUGAAAACCAUGUAUCUCCGGACGUGUUGACUGUUGUUCCUUUAUGUGUCGAUAAAUAAACUCAGCUGUAAAAGUCGUCGUCACAAAGCUGAAAACAGGCAGUUUUCCUGACUUUUCAAGAGAUGCGUGUUUCUCACAGGACAGCCAUGCUACAAACAUAUAACGAUUUUAUAGACCAUGAUGCAUUGCUGUAGGCCUAGAUUAAAAUACCCAACUGACAUUGAGAGUUAGCUUCAGGUCCAGUUAGCUUUUAGUUCUUGACCCUUGGCUUGGCUGACUACAGGAUUAAAAACUAGAUAGCUAACAAGCUUCCAAUUUUUGUGCUAAGCUAGGCUAUCCAACGAGAUGAAAGUGAUCGAUCUAAACUCUCAGUUUAAGUUUCGUGUCGACCUUUGAAGCACAAACAAAAAGCAACAAUAACUUUAUUUAAUUAAACUGAUGUUUGAAACAAGUAAUGAAUCAAUAAUGUGAUGUCACUGUGGCUAAAUAUGAGAUUUAAUAUUUAAUACUGAGAUUUUAUUUUGUAACCAGACAUAAUUUGAUCAAUACAAAUUGUCCCUAAUGGGCCUCCGUACAGUUUAGCCUCAAAGUAAAAAGUCAUUUUAUAACGUCAGAUGUUUGUAGAAUGUUUGUUGUUGUUUAUCGUGCUGCCAUGAGACUGAACUUAAUAAACAGUUUGUUUGUUCAUGUUUUUAUUCUCAUCAAUAAAAUAUAGAUUUGA